AUGACAUCAACAUUAAAUGAUUCAUUACAUAUUGAUCUUGUUAAUACAAAAGCUUAUCCAACUAUCAGUGCAUUACCUAAAACACAAGGUCCUAUUUGUUUAUAUAUACUUCAAUAUGAUGAAAAACUUGAUUGUAAAACAAUACCAUUUCAUGCUACAAUUUAUGAUUUUGAUUUUGAACCAUCAUUUACACGCAAAGGUCUUGAAGAUGCUUAUCGUCCUGCUACAAAAAUACUUGAAGUCUUACAAGCAGCACAUGAUAAAAUCAAAAUUCGAGAGUUGACCCUGAUUUAUUCGAAUGUACUGCGUGGUAUAUCAUUAAUGAAACAAGCAACAUCUUAA